CCACAAAGCGGCUUGGGUAGAGAUUAGCAUCGUUGAAGCGCAAUUACAUUUCUUAUCAACAAUCUGUGAAGUGGCUUCAAUUGUCUAUUAUUUAAUGUUUGUGUUGAUAGAACGAAUCUUGUUUUCAUAGUCACUUUUUGAGAUUAAUAUAAAUAAAUAUUAAAAAAGAUGAAAUUAAUAUUGGGGCUACCUAUUUAUCUUUUCCUGCCCGUUUUUCUAAUACUGUUGACGUUAGCAGCGAGACCCGGCAAUAGUGCUAAGGUGCUUCAAUUUCCAAAAUCUCAUCUUACUUUAAGCAAGAAUGUGAGGGAGUACUUAAAUGGAAUUUCGCCAGUUCAAUGGAUGGAGUUCGUAACUUCAGGAAUUGAUUCAAUCAAUAGACAAAAAAGACUCGAGGACAAUCUCUUAAGCUCUGACAUCACUGUCCAGCAUGGCAGCAUCUCACACGCUCAAUUGCUGGAUACAUUACCGAAUGAAAAAACGAAACUUGACAGUGACAUUGCGCUAAAAAUUCUGAAGGCGAGUCUAUUCAUGUAUAACAGCAAGUGUGUCCCUCUAGGGAUCUCUAGUGAUGAGUGCCGUGAAUACCUUGGGACAAAGGCGCUUCCUGAGGGCAGCGCGCUCAAAUCCGAGUGUGAUAGAUUACUGCACAGUUCACGCGCUGGCCACUAUGCUUUUAGGCGUCUUCUGCCGCGCCACUACAAGGAUGGCUUUCACGAGAUGUUUGACGAGGAUAAACUACCCGCUGCUUGGUCCAUAAGCAUGGCUUUGUAUGAUCGGGAAAAUGCAGAGCAGAAAACUGGCUCUAGGGCAAAGAGCGAACUAGAUGAUGGUCGAAAUUUAAAUUUAGCGCUUGUUCAAUUUGCACAGUUUAUAGAGCAUGAUCUAAGCAAGACAGUUUCUCAGUCGAUGAGCAAUGGAUCCCCGAUCGAAUGCUGCAACCGCAAUCAAAACAGUCUGCAGCCCCGUUUCCAUCAUCCGUUGUGUGCACCAAUUCUCCACAAUGAUAAAUACAGUUGGCCCAACUGUCUGAACUAUGUAAGAAGCGCCCUUGCUGUGGGCGAGAGCUGUAGCUUUGGGGCUGCUGAGCAGCUCAACCAGGCGACUGGCAUUUUGGAUAUGUCCCAGCUUUACGGUUUCACAGAUGUAGCAGAGCGCAAAAUGCGCACGUUGAUCAACGGCACCUUGAAGUCCACCUCGAACGGAAACCUCUUGCCCAUGACUUCAGAGGAUGAAUAUCAUACCUUCUGCGCUUGGAGCGACAAUGCAAAUGCGACCACCUGUUUUGUGGCGGGGGACUCGCGUGUUAACAGCAAUCCGUUCUCUAUUCUGAUAUAUACAAUCUUCAUGCGCAACCACAAUCGCAUUGCCGCUGAGCUGCUGGCACGUAACAAGGGCUGGAGUGAUGAGCAGCUAUUCCAGGCGGCAAAGGCAGUCAACAUCGAUAUUUAUCGACGAGUUUUCUUGAGGGAGUGGCUCACAGAGAUUCUAGGCGAGGAGAACGCCGCUGAAGUGCUUACUACACCACCCGUAACUGCUGAGCAACGACUGUUUGAGGUUUCCAAUGAAUUUGGAGUAGCUGCUAUCCGUUUCUAUUUCUCAAUGCUCCCAGACGUGCUGCACGAUCUAGCCACCAAUAACGAAGUUGACUCUAAGUCAGUUAGCAACACUAUCCUGCCGCUAACGAAUCUAUUUGAGCUUAAAAAUGAAAUAUACAAGCCCCAACUGGGGUAUACUUCCAAAAAACUUAACGUGAUCCUGCAAAGCUUACUCCACGAGCGGGCUAUGAAAAUGGAUGCUUCCUACGUAGGCUCUAUUGUGUGGCAUGAGCAAACGAAGCCGGCGCAUGCCGAUAUUUUGGCAUUUGACAUUCAAAGAGGUCGGGAUCAUGGCUUACAACCCUAUUACAAGUAUUUGGAGGCAUGCAGUAAUAACACAAAAAUUACUGAUUGGAAAGAUUUUGAGCCACUUAUACCAAAGGAGCUCGUGCAUAAACUAAAGAGCGUAUACAAGAGCUGGACAGAUGUGGACCUUAUAAUUGGAGGCAUUUCGGAGCGGACGAUUACCGGAACUGUUGGGCCAACCUUUAAUUGUAUAUUGGCUGAGCAAUUCUCUAAAAUACACCAACGUCAUCAGCAGCAGCAAUCGCAAGCUCACGCCGAUCUACUAAAUGCAUACAGUUCCAUAAACGGUAUCAAAUUGUUGUGCCUGAACUCCGAUGUGGAGGCUGUACCAGAAAAUAUUUUCCGAUUGCAGUCCGACAGCAAUCGCCUGGUUAAUUGUAACGAUGUGGUAUAAUUUGGCAAUGGCAAACCCGAAAACGAAUUAAAACAAAAACCCAAUUUAUACCAAGAUGAUUUAAGGUGAUGUUCCUAAUCUUGACUGAUACGCCAGAUUACGCAGCCACUUGUAAAAGACCAUUUACAUAUUCAAUAAAUAUUUAAAUGAACAUAAA